AUGGAAGAGUUCUUUGAAGAACUCUUUUUUAAUGAAAAUCAACUGUACAAUGAGGAGCAGACAAUGGCAGCAUGGCAUCAUUUCACAGAAGAAGAAACUGAAGAAGACAACAGCAACUCAGAAGAAGAAGCUGGUUAUAAUGCAGAUGAUGAUGGUGAACUACAUGGUCCACUGCAUAUGUAUGGCAGACAAAGCAGAGAAAUGACAGUGGAAGAAAAGCGCCAACUAGUUGAUGAGAUCAUGCUCAAUAUGGAGGGGGACUCUUUGCCAAGAGGAUUUUUAUCCAGUUUGGCCAGAAAGCAUCAUGUGCAUAGAUCAACAACAACAAGAUGGUUUAAGGUAAUUAAGCAACACGUUUUAGAAGGCAAUGCUGUAGAUGUUAGGACCAAAAAAAUAGGUAUUGUUGGCAGAAAACUAAAGGAGUACACUGAUGAAUUCUUAACAUUUGUGCCUUUGUACAAAAGACAAACUGAAAGAGGAUAUGAUGCAGCACUUCAUGUGUCUAAGUCUGCUAUUCACAGGUUAAGGAAAAGGGGUAGACUGAGAACACACACAAGCACAAACAAACCAGCACUCACUGACCAAUAUAAAAUAGCAAGAAUGAAAUGGGUUCUGAUUCACAUUACCCCAAUUCCAGCAGAAGGGGACUCUUCAUUUGAAGACAUGCAACAAUGGAUACACAUUGAUGAAAAGUGGUUUUUUAUAAACCCUGAAACAAGGACAUUCUAUCUUCUUCCAACAGAAGACAAUCCAUACAGAGCACAACUUUCCAUAAGGUUUAAGAUAAAGGCUAUGUUUAUGGGCAUGAUUGGGAAACCAUUGUAUGAUGCAAACAAACAAUUAUUACAUGAUGAGAAGUAUGGUCUUUUCCCUUUUGUCAAGUAUGAGAAAGCAAAGAAAAAGAGUAAAAACAGAGACAAGGGAACCAUAGAGGCUAAGGCAGUCCAGAGUAUUAACAAGGAAGCAAUAAGGAACAUGCUACUUAAUCAUGUGUUGCCAACAAGAGAGUGA